UGUCUCGGUGUCAGAGGCAGGGACUGCGAUUCAGCUGCAGGGUGGGAUGUUUUUAACUUCAGUCUCUGGAAUAUUUCACCGGGGGAAGAAGGAGGAGAAGGCUUUUCUCUACCAUUAACAUUCUCUUUUUGACGGAAGUGUUGUGGACCCGCAGAGUGGACUCCCCUCACCCUGUCCACGAAACCCCCUCCUCAGUCCUGACUCACACAUGGACGUCCAGGGGUAUAAGUGGGUUCGCUGGCGGGUGUGGCUGUGUCGCUUGGCGGCCCUGCUGUCCUUGGGGCUGCUCCUGAUUGUGUUUCACUGGCGCCCGCGCCUCGCCCUCCGCGCACGCUGUCGCUCCUGCCCUCUGGCUUUGGCAGAUGUCCUCCUGCUAAGAGACAGUUUUGGCCAGCAGCAUGUUGUGGAGGUGCACACAGUGGAGAUGGAGGCAGGCAGUUUGGAGCUGCUGGGGCAGCAAGAGGAGGCUGAUUGGAGAGAUACAGUUCAGCUGCACAGAGAGGAGAAAACGCUACUCCGCUACUACUUGUUUGAAGGGCUCCGUUACAUCUGGUUGGACAGGAAGGGGGCUUUCUGUCGCGUUAGUGUCCUCUGUGAGGACUGGACUUGCAAAGACUUGUAUGGCUUCCAGAAAGGCCUGAGUCCUCAGGAUCAGAGCUUGAGGAGAUGUAUGUUCGGGGCCAACAUUAUCGAUGUACCUGUGAAGUCUUACAUGAGGCUACUGUUUGAGGAAGUCCUCAACCCUUUCUAUAUUUUUCAAAUAUUCAGCAUCACCCUGUGGACCAUUGAUGAGUAUUAUUACUAUGCCUUAUGCAUAUUCAUUAUCUCAGUCAUCUCCAUCAGUCUCUCAUUGUAUGAAACUCGAAAGCAAAGUAUCACUCUACGCAACAUGGCUCAGUUCAUCACAAGUGUCACAAUAUGCAGAGACUCAGGAGUGGAAGAAUGUGUGAGCUCUGUGGAGCUGGUCCCUGGCGACUCUCUAAUCAUCCCCCAAGAAGGUCUGGUGCUGCCCUGUGACGCCGCCCUGCUGGCUGGGGAGUGUCUGGUCAAUGAGAGCAUGCUUACUGGAGAGAGUGUCCCAGUGCUAAAAACCCCGCUCCCAGCCGGGGACAGGACCUACAGCGCAGAGACUGAGCGCAGACACACACUUUUCUGUGGCACACACAUCAUUCAGGCUAAAGGAGGACGGCCGGGAGGCAGCGGCGCUGUUGCUGUGGUAACCAGCACCGGGUUCUUCACAGCCAAAGGUAACCUGGUCAGCUCCAUCUUAUACCCUCAGCCCAUCAACUUUCGCUUCUACCAAGAUGCUAUGAAGUUCCUGCUCAUCCUCGGGGUGAUUGCUCUCAUGGGUACUGUCUAUAUAUUUGUGAUCCUCUUCAGAAGCAAUGUGACCUGGCUGCAGCUAAUUAUCCGAAGCCUGGAUGUCGUGACCAUCGCAGUGCCUCCUGCCUUGCCAGCCGCCAUCACCACGGGAACUAUUUACGCGCAGAGCAGGCUGAAGAAGCGUGGCAUCUUCUGCAUCAGUCCUCCACGAAUAAACAUCUGCGGAAAGGUGUCAGUGUUCUGCUUCGAUAAGACAGGGACAUUGACAGAGGAGGGUCUGGAUGUGUGGGGGGUAAUGGAAAGUGGACCUGUCGGUUUAUCAGAACUGGUCCCUGACCCUACGCUCCUGCCACCAGGGCACAUGAAGUCUGCUCUGGCCUGCUGUCACACCGUCACUCUGCUCCAUGGUGAAUCCCUCGGAGACCCCCUGGAGCUCAAGAUGUUGGAGUCUACAGGCUGGAUUCUCCAGGAGCCAGAAGGAGAUGGAGAUGUUAUGCACUCUACGUUUGGAGGUCACAAAGUUUUGGCAGUUAUGAGACCUCCAACUCAAAAGCCUCUAUCUCAGGGAACUUUCUCCAGUGAGGCAGUGGCCAUCGUAAAGAGGUUUCCCUUCUCCUCAGCCCUGCAGAGGAUGAGUGUUGUGACGGUGGCCCAUAGGGGGCGCUCUGCUCUAGCUUUCCUCAAAGGUUCCCCAGAGAUGGUGGCUAGCCUCUGUCGUCCUGAUACAGUUCCAGCUCAGUUCUCAAGCACACUACGUACCUUCUCCAGUGAAGGCCUCAGGGUUCUGGCACUUGCCUGCAAACCAGUAGACGUAAAUUCUGACUUGAUGAACAUCGAACGGGGGGAAGUAGAGAAAGAAAUGCAGUUCCUGGGCUUGUUGAUGAUGAAGAACCUGGUCAAACCCGAGAGCCCAGAAGUCAUUAGCACCCUGACACUCGCUCACAUUCGCAGUGUUAUGGUCACUGGGGACAAUAUUUUAACAGCCGUGAAUGUAGCAAAGAGCUGUAGGAUGGUGGGAUCUGAUGAGAAGGUGAUUUUUGUCAUUGCGACCUCCCGCACUGCUGAAUCCAUGCCCAGUUUGAGGUUCAGUGUGGAAGAUGGUGGCCCCACUGCUACCCAGAGCCCUGCAGGCAUUAAUCAGGGCCUGUAUCAGGCUGGUUUCGGCUAUCAUUUAGCUAUUAAUGGGAAGUCCUUCGCUGCCCUCUGUGACCACUUCCCUGAAUAUCUUCCAAAGGUUUUAAUGAAAGCUACUGUAUUUGCACGCAUGGCUCCUGACCAGAAAACCCAGCUGGUAAAAGAGCUGCAGAAGUUGAACUAUCGGGUUGGCAUGUGUGGAGACGGAGCCAAUGACUGCGGCGCCCUGAGAGCCGCCGACGUCGGAGUUUCCCUGUCUGAGGCCGAGGCCUCGGUCGCCUCGCCUUUCACUUCCAAGACAGAAAACAUCAGCUGUGUUCCGCUGCUGAUCAGAGAGGGCCGAUGUUCUCUGGUCACAUCCUUCAGUCUCUUUAGAUACAUGGCGCUUUACAGCCUCAUCCAGUUCUGCUCCGUCCUCAUCCUGAACACAGUGAUGACAACGAUGGGUGACCUGCAGUUCCUGUUCUGUGAUCUGUUCCUGGUGACUCUGCUGGCCAUCGUGAUGGGUAGAGGAGGUCCCAGUGAGGAGCUGCAUCCAUGGCGACCUGCAGCAAGCCUGCUGGCCCUGCCCGUGUUCGGCAGCCUCUUCAUUCACACCUGCAUGAUCAUCCUGGGCCAACUGGCUGCUUUCUUUAUCACCACCACCCAGGAAUGGUAUAUUCCAUUAAAUUCAACCGUGUUUGGAGUAGAAAACCUCCCCAACAUGGAGAACACGUGUGUGUUUGCUUUAGCGGGUUACCAAUAUAUCAUCAUGGCAGUGGUCGUCACUAAGAGCUUUCCCCAUAAGAAACCUCUCUAUAAUAAUGUGAUCUUCCUCUGUGUGCUGCUGAUCCACUUUGCCAUAAUGACAUUGCUGGUGUUGUAUCCGGGUCCCUUCUUCGGACGAACAUUUGAACUGUACAACUUCACCGACAUGAACUUUAAGAUGCUGCUCGUUGCCGUUGCUGCUCUCAACUUCCUGUUGUGUUUUGUGGUAGAGCUGCUGAUAGAUUUGGGCGUUUUGAACUGCCUACGGUCGCUGCGAGGGAGCCGUCCAUCCAAAAAACAGUACAAACGCCUGAAGGCUCUGCUCUCUGAAUCCACAUCAUGGCCUCCACUGAAUCAAACCCUGUCCCCCACAGAAAACACAGUCAUCUCCUUCAGCUAGCAUUUACCGAGCCUAGCGCUGGACUCACUGGAGCUUAACCAUGUUUGAUGUCUGAACAUCACCACUUUUACCAACACUGCAAUGUUUACCUGCCAAAUAAAAGCUAUUUUUUAAGU